UGUCCUCGGAGAUAAUGCGCAGCUAGCCCGAGAAAAGAUUCAGAUAGCGAGAAAGCCCGGAGAGAAUCGGAGAGCGCUGCCAGCGAGACUGUGUCGAUGGUGGAGGCGACCCUCUAUCUAGCCAUGGCACACGGGGCAUCACCAGAAGGACCACCGGCGAGCUGCUUCGCGACGAGUUUCUUACUUGUUACACUUUUUAGUUGACUUCCUUGGUCCUUGCUCCCGAUUUCCCUUUUUCCUCGAGUAAACCACCGAAAUAAUGAAGUGCGCAGCCGUGUUCGCAGUCGCCAUUGUUGGCGUUAUGGCCCGCCUCCCGGGCCUCGGUGAAGCGGUCCGCGUCAGAGGCUUGGGCGGCAAUGCUGAAAAACCGGAAGCAAUGUCCUUCGUUCAGGCUGGUGCGAAAUUUGGACAGGAGUAUUCGGAGGUGGAUGUCCACGCAGCUGAAGACGGUACCAUGUAUUUUUCCAUCAACGGGGCGAAGGCUCCCAGCCAGGGCGCUGAAGCCCAGGAGCAAACCCCCAGCGAACAAUCCGAAGCAUGAGUGCAGCCAGCCUGCGGAGUAAGAGGCGGUACCUCAAGCCUCUCAGCGACCCGCGACGUGCAUGCAUCGAUAGAGGUUACACUUCCAAUGCAACGGUGUGCGGCGAGCUCGGGAACGUGACUUUGGACGCCUGCGUAAAUGCAUGCGGAAGCGCAGAGGCCUGCACGCACUACAGCUACAAUUCUGAAAGAAGCCCAGCAAGCUCCUCACCGCGGCGCAGUUGCGUACAAGGAAGCGGCGGCCGCAGUCACCGGAGUUCCAACCUGCAGCGGCAGCUGCUACCAGAGCAAUGAUCCCUGCGCAGGCGCCACGGAUACUGCCCCUACCAGCAGAACUGCCGUCGCCUGCCAGGUUGCAUGCAGCGCCAAACACGCGUUCUCCGCAUUCGUCGAACACAGAGUCCAGGACCUGCCAAGUCGAUGGCGCUGGCUAGGAACAGCGCCGCGGUGACGAACCGUUGCCGGUGGGAAGGCAGUCUAUGCUUACCGGCAUAUCACAUGAUGUCAAGUGCGUUGACUGGCGUGCAGACCGCGUUUACCCCACUCUAUCUGUUUUCCGUCGUCAGCGACAAUGGCUAUAGGAAGUCAAUGUAGCGCGCUAAAUCUUGGUUGAGUUGGUCAGCACCUCCCAAGCGGGCAGACCCCCGUUUGGCCUCCCGUCACUUCAUGCUCUGUCUCUUUUUCUCAGGCGAUAUGAAACUCUUUGUGCCCACUUCCUGUUGAAGCAGUAUCCAGAACGUUUCGUGGAUUUCGGUAAAAAAACGUUCUUCAAGGGCUCCCGUUGCGAAUACUGCUGUCACUGGGCUACGUGACUGUGUGCUGAAAAAUACACAGGUCGCCGGCCGUUUUCACAGACAAGUUACGGCAGUCGAACUACAGUAUCAGCAGACGAAAGAGACUGCAUGUAUCGCAUCGCAGAGUCACA